AUGGAAUAUGGUGAAACACCAGAUACUGAACUCGCAAGAACACUCAAGGAAUCUGAUAUUUGUGAGGUUAUUUCAGAUGUUGAUUCCAUAGAGGAUAGACCAGAUAGAAUAGAAACUGAAUAUAAUGGAAGGAAGAAUAAAAAAUCAAAGCGACUUGAUGAAUUUGUUCAAUUAAUAAAAGAAGUUAAAAAGAGCAAUCAAUAUGUGAAAUAUGGGUUGUAUUUAGAAAGCCAUGCCAGAACUAGAGGAUGGCUAGAUCUAUUGAGCGAAAUAUGCCCAGAUCUUUCACUUACGAAGGCAAAAGCAUAUCUCUAUAAUGAAUCUUGGAUAGAGAAUAAUCAUAAAAAUCUCAAAAAUACAUAUCAUUCUAAUGGAAUUUGGAAUGAAUUAAAUGAAAAAAUUCAAAUACAAGAAUUGCCACCUCUUCUUAAAGACUUUAUUGAAGAUUAUAUUAUAUCACAAAAUACAGAAAUUUCAAUAAUUGUAAAUCGCUAUUAG